AUGGAGGAUGAUGCAUACUCUCAUUUGAACGCCGACACACAACUAGAUUCUCCCGGUGGAAAGUCGGGCGAGUCAACACUAGUCGCGGAUAAGAGUGCCGCCCUGAGAAAGAUGGCAGAGAAGAACGAGACCACUCCAAGAAGUGCGAUUGAUGGAAGAAACCCGGAGCCAUUGCCGGAGCAACGCGAUGACAUGGCCGAGGAGGAACGUCGGAAGCUGCUCGAAGCUGCUGCAGAGGAGCACCGAAAGGAAACCAAGCGCAAGCAGGAUGAAUAUCUCAGGACACGCUUCGGCAAGCUCACGGCGCACAGUCCAGACCCCAACUCCGCUACGAGUGACACCAUCAGCUACAGGAGUCAGCGUAUAAUCGAUUUUGACGAGCCACGCGCUUCUCCCUACGAGGACCUGAACAAGUCUUUCGACGAACGCAAGAACAAGCAGCUUGUACCAUUGAGAGAGCCACCUCCUGUGCCAGCCGAUACCAGUACCCUAUUAAAGGCUAAUUCGUUAUCAAGGAGCAAGAACCGGGGUUCGUGGCCUGAAAGUGAUGAUGGCGAGGCUAAGCAGGAAUCAACGGAUCAUUCCGAGAAGCGCAAAGCUAUACCCCAGGGUGCAAGUGGCUUGGGAGGUAUUGCCGCUGCAAUAAUUGGUGCUGGGAACCUUGGAGCCGGAAUCGGGGCAGCGAACAGAGCGCCUCCAAAGGCGCCACAACCUCCGCCAAAGGAUGGUGAUUCUCCAGAAAGUCUUCGACCAUCGCAACAAGUGCUACACGACAAUCAUUUUGCAGCUAGGUCUGGUUCUGGCCGCAAUAGUCCAGAAUCCACUUUGAGCAGGGAGCCAUCGCGAGUGUCGAUUUACGGUCCAACGCACGACUUCGAGGAAGCGCGAGUCUCUUUCAUCACCAAAUCACCGAACCUUGAGCCCAUGGAUUCUGGUGAUGACGACUCCGAUGAUGGUCUAUUUGCUGCACCUCUCGCGGGACGAAUUGGCCCGCCUACGCCCGCAAAGAACAUACCGCUCGCUCGAAAUACUUCACGUGCCCAACGGCCGAAUCUCACGCUCAAGACACAGCGGUCUAAAAUUUCGCUAGCUCAAGUUACUGAACAAACUUCUGAGCACAGUGCAGCCGGUGACCGCGAACCUCAGCCAAACGAUAUGCACCCCGAAUCGGCCGCAUCUGCAACUUGGACCGAUUCUCCAGACGAUACGAACAAAUUCUCCCGCCGUGAGUCGUUUGCUAGCGAUGUCUGGGCAAACCGCCCGCCCGCCGAAGCCCUCGUCGAACAUCUUGACGAGCUGUUCCCACACGUCAACCUUGAUCAGCCGAUGCUUGAAGACGAAGACGGAGAUGCCUCUACAGAUCCAGCUUUUGACAACAAGCCCAUACCGGCUGAGCCUGCCCCUAUGUCGCUUACCCGUGGUGGUGCUGGACUGCAAUCAAUUGCUCAGCGAAAUAUGCGCAAGUCAGGUGUUGGCUUGGGCCGCACGAAGUCUAUCCGUGAAGUGGUCAAGUCGCAGUACCAACCACUUGACAAAAAGUCUAUUGCGGGACAGGCACCCGCUGGGGCUGGUCCGUCGCGCGUUGCAACACUAAGAAACGGUGGGGAUAUUAUCAGGAGGAAGUCGACGAAGAUGUUCAACGCCAGAACCGAGCAAGUUCGACCGCAACGUGGCUCCCGUCUCGUCAUGGAAACUAUACCUCAAGAUCAUUUACCCAACGUACCGUCCCGUCAACCGACAUUUAAGUGGAUGAAGGGCCAACUCAUUGGCAAGGGCACAUUUGGUCGCGUUUAUCUCGGUAUGAACAUCACUACAGGUGAAUUGAUUGCUGUCAAACAAGUAGAAGUCAACGCCAAAGCGGCCGGCUCUGACAAGGACAAAAUCAAAGAGCUUGUUAAGAGUUUGGACCAAGAAAUCGACACGAUGCAGCAUUUAGAUCACCCAAAUAUCGUGCAAUACCUUGGUUGCGAACGCAAGGAGUACAGCAUUUCUAUUUUCCUCGAGUAUAUUUCUGGUGGAUCGGUAGGAUCUUGUAUCCGCAAGCACGGCAAAUUCGAAGAGUCUGUCGUCUCCUCGCUGACUCGUCAAACUCUGCUCGGUCUCUCAUAUCUCCACCGAGAAGGCAUUCUGCACCGGGACUUGAAGGCUGACAACAUUCUCCUCGACCUUGAUGGCACAUGCAAAAUCUCGGAUUUUGGUAUCUCAAAGAAGACGGACAACAUCUACGGCAAUGACGUCACAAACAGCAUGCAAGGCUCCGUCUUCUGGAUGGCGCCUGAAGUCAUUCGCUCUCAAGGCCAAGGCUACUCUGCGAAAGUUGACAUUUGGUCGCUCGGUUGCGUAGUACUAGAGAUGUUUGCGGGCAAGCGUCCCUGGUCUAAAGAAGAAGCCAUUGGCGCCAUUUACAAGCUCGGCAGUCUGAACCAAGCUCCUCCGAUUCCCGAAGAUGUAAGCAGGAUAAUUGGAGUCGAGGGCUUAAGCUUCAUGUACGAUUGUUUUACCAUUGAUCCCAUGGAAAGGCCGACGGCUGAAACGUUGCUGCGUGCACCGUUUUGCUUUUCGGAUCCAAACUACAAUUUCUUGGACACGGAGCUUUAUGCGAAAAUUCGAGGCGCAUUUCAGUAG